AAAAAGAAGUCACGUGAUAUCACGUGCAUACCACGCCCCUAUGCGGGACUUUCUCACCUGGCUAAUCAAAAUAACGAUUGACACUCGGGGAACGAGGUCGGUUACAUCAAUUUUGCAGAAGAAUAAAUGAAGUAAAAUUCGAGCUUUGAACCCGUGGCAUUCGAUAGGGAUCUCAACCGAGCUUUACCAGAAGCCUUGAAAAUGGAUUCUGACGAUACACAAGACUCACCAGCUUCAACCGAAAAUGUCAGUUCUAUCGAAAUCAAAGGUGAAUCAAACAACAUUGACUCCAUUGAAGCCGUAUCAUCUGCAGCAGACACUACUCGCGAACUGGAAAGUGCACACGAACUUUUAACCAAGAUCGAAUUGGAUUUGGCUUGCUCCACUGAAAAAUUGGUCAAUUUGGGCAUACUUCUUAUGCAUGUGGCUUCAAGGGAAAAUGAUUUCGAGGCUUUUUGUUCGGACGAAGGGAAUGGCCUUGCUGAGAGAGCAUUAGAAUUCGAUCUUUUAUAUGGGUUUUUGGAAUCUGAAGUGCGAGAACAGGAGAGUUUUCUAUCUGAUCUUCAGAGAGAGAUGAAUAGCUCUCGGGAGAUUAUAUCUUCUUUCGAGGGACUCGGAUAUGAUUUUAGGGAUUUGGAAGAAAGGCUGCAAGAUUGUGUGGGUUCAUUGAAGCUGUCGUUCGAGCAGGUCUCAGAUAUAAAGACACAAUCUGCUAGCUUCGAGAGGAUCUUGCUAACUUCAUCUGGAGAUGAAAAGUGGAGAGAUGAAAAGGAGCUUUCCGGUUUGGAAAACGACAGCUGUUCGGAUAUAAAUGCGAAGAUCAAAAUGCAGACUGCCGAACAGCAGAGAGAAAUCUUGAGGAUGCUCGAGAAGUCUUUGGCCAGGGAAAUGGACCUCGAGAAGAAACUAUCCGAGUCGAGGCAAACGGAAGAAGAGUUAAAAUUCCGGCUUCAACAAGAAGUUUACUGCAUGGAAGAAGAAGCUGAAGAUAUGUGGGAGAAAUUAUUCGAGGCCGAAAGUAGUGCAGAAAUCCUCUCUGGCAUCUCAAAAGAGCUAUUGUUUAGUUUAAACGGGUCGAACCAGAGAGAAGGGGAAUUAAAAUCCAAACUUGAAGACCUUAUCAAGCAGUCGAGAGAAAAAGAUUGCGUUUUGGAGGGCUCCGAGAGUUUGCGUGCCGAGCUUUUGGAAAAAGUUCACUCACUCGAGCAGAAACUGAAGGAUUCUUCAGAAAAAUAUGAAGAUUUGGAGGUGAAGGCUACCGAAGCUGUAAAAAGAGCCGAAUUUACUGAAGCCGAGUGUAUAUCUCUUAAGGAGUCUAACAAUGAGCUCGAAAAAGACUUGGCCUGCUUGAAAAAUCGUGUAUUUGAUGCAAACAAGAAGGUGGAACAAUUAGAGAGGCUUUUGAAGGAAUCCGAACACAAUCGAUUGCAUGCAGUGGCAUCUGCUGAAGCUAGUCUAGAGAAGCAAAGUAUGUUGGAGAAUACAAUCAAAGACAUGGAGGAUUUAAUAAGAGAUUUGAAAGCGAAGGUUUUGAAGGCGGAAAAUCAGACAGAGAGUGCCGAGGAGAAGUGUAUCGUGUUGUCUGAGUCAAAUUCGGAGCUUGUUGAGGAAAUCAAUUUUCUGAGGCGUAAGGUAGAACAAUUGGAGGGUUCUCUGCAUGAGGCUGAUGUGGCGAAGGAGAAGACUGCGAAAGAUAUAAGGGUCCGGACGAAAUUGAUCACAGAUUUGGUGAUGCAGUUGUCUAUCGAGAGGGAACGCCUUCGAAAGCAGAUAUCAUCACUAACAAAGGAGAAGAAAGUUGGUGUGAAAUGUUUACAGCGCAUAAGGGAGCCUACUGUUACGGUGACUGAAAGCCAUGAAGAUGCUAAGGUUGGCAAUGAACACAGCAACUCGUCAAGUACUGAGGAUGAGCUCAACGUUGUUAGAAAUAUAGAUGCCAGGCAACUCUCAUGUAAAGACGUCCUGAUGCAAAUUCUUUUUGUGGCACUACCAAUGUUUAUAGUUUAUUUCUUUAAACAGUCGGAGAUUCAAUCUUGAUGCUAACUAGCGCCUUUGCUGAUGUUCGUUGUUUUCUAUGAAAAUCGGAGGGGAAUCCAUGUUUUCUUCCUUGAUUAAUAGACAAGAAUCUGUUUUGCAACAAGAGUUUUUUAUGCCUUUAGGUGUAUGUAUGAAAUGUUGUACUCUUCUUUUGCAGUUCAAUAAAUGUCCUGAGGAGCUUUUGACUAUAGAAAGUCUUCAAGAUAGUUCACAAGUGCACUCUCGUAACCUUUUGUUUUCUUUUUGUUAGUCGGAACAUUAUAAUGCCAUCGUUACUGUAUUUCAAUUAAUUAACCAAGGAAAAAAAAGGGAUUACAUUUCUAGUAUAAUAAUAAUAAUAAAAAAAA